AUGUCCAUCAUCAUCCGACUGCAGAACUUGCCUUUGGCUGCAAAAUCGGUGGACAUUCGUCGCUACUUCCAGGGCCUCACCAUUCCCGUGGGCGGUGUCCACAUCGUCGGUGGCGAGAAGGGGGACGCCUUUAUCGCCUUCGGCAGCGACGAAGAUGCGCGCCAGGCCAUGGAACGUGACGGUGGUAAAAUCAAGGAGGUCCGCAUCAAGCUAAUGCUGAGUUCACGCGCCGAGAUGCAGCGCAUCAUCGAUCAGGCGCGCGCUCAGCACACUGCACCCCCGCCCAUCAAAAAAGAAGAGCGCCGCCGCUCCAGUCCUGACAACCGCUCUCGAAGGCCACCACGGGACCGUUCACCGAGGCGCCGGUCGUCGCGGCGGGACCGCAGUCACAGCCGCUCGCCACCGUACCGUAGCAGGGACAAGGACCGAUCGAGAUCGUCGCGUUCCGAUGAGCGCCGCCGAAGUUUUGAUGACCCUGGCCGAGCGCCUGAACCCGCAAAAGUUUCUAAUGGCCAGACGUCGAAACGCAAGGUUGGUUGGGAUGAAAAGCCACCUUACACAGAUCCAAGCAAAGCGACACCUCCUGUCUUCCCUAUCGGUAACAUGAAGCAGGCGGCACGGCCGCAAAGUGACGUCAACCCGGCGGCACAAAUGAACAUGGCUUGCCAACCCGCAGCUCUCCCAAACUUGGCGGCUUUCAACCUGCCUCCUGUUAACUUGAUGAACAACCUGCCUGGUCUUGCAGCUAAUAUGAUGAGCGGUUUAAUGGGCCCUACUGGUGGUGACAUGAUGGUUGGCAUGACGGGUAACAUGGCUGAAGGCAUGCCUGCUAACAUGGCCAAUAAUCUUCCCAGCAAUCUUGCCGGUCAAAUCGGCGGUGGCAUGCCAAGCAGCAUGCCCGCCAAUAUGGCCGGAAGUAUGCCUGGGAACAUCGCUAGCCAAAUGCCUGCUGCCAUUCCAGGUGGUUUGGCUGCCAACAUUCCUGGAAAUAUGCCUGGUCAUAUGGGGGGCAUGACAAGCGCUGCCGGUGGCAUAGGCGCCAAUGUGAGUGGCGGGAUGGCUGCUGCGAUGCCUGGUAACGUGCCUGCCAACAUGCCGGGUGCAUUCGGGAUGGCUGACGCGAUGGGUGCGCCAAACAUGGAAAACAUGGCUCCCGGCUUCGUAGAUCGGCGUUCGAAUGGCAGUGGCAAAGUUGAGCGAAAGAGCGAAGGAGGACCUCCUGGUGGAGCUCACGAUGUGCCCCCACGUCAUGCAGAGGAGAGUUGCUGUGUCGAACUGCGUGGCCUUAGCGGUGCGCCGACUCCGCGGAAUGUGAAAGAUUUUUUCCGAGGACUACGUAUAUUCAGUGGCUGCAUUCGUGUGGCCACUUCUGAAACUGGCAUAAAGAGCGUGGUGGUACGUUUCGCCAACAAGUGGGAUGCUCGUGAAGCUAUGCAGGGUGACUACAAAGUACUGUGUGGAGAUCCGAUUCAGAUAGUUCCUUUUCCUGAAGACCUUUUUGAGCAAACUGAACUGCUCGUAUCCCCAUCUGCUGCACUAUCAAACCAGAGUCGCAACCGCGAAGCGGACAUGGUCGUUGUAAUGAAGGGCCUUCCUUACAAUACCAGCGAGCAAGACGUACUGCAGUUUUUUUCGGGGAUCAAUGUUCUGGACCUCUUAGUGGAGCAUGAUCGUAGUGGUCGUGCAACCGACAUGGCAUUUGUGGAAUUUGGUGACAAGCGAGACUUUGAAACGGCCAUGAGCAUGCAGAGACGGAAAAUAGGCCACGGUUACAUUGAACUCUCUGUUGGCACUCGUGAUGUCAUGUGUGCGGCCCGAAACGGCGAUAAUAUCAAGCCAGAUGGCAUGCCGGUGGGUCGGCGAAAUGAAGAGCAUAGGCAUGGGCCUCUGCUUGACCGCGAUGGUCCGCCUAAGCGGCCACUGCUGGAGCUCGCGUCAAGGCCACCUCUGUUCCCGGAAGGCGGACCCCGUCGUCCCCCUCUCUUCCCGGACCGCGGAGGGCCCCUUGCUGACCACGGAGGGCCCCUUCCUGACCGCGGAGGGCCCCGUUUUGACCGCGGAGGGCCUCUACCUGAUCGCGGAGGGCCCCUUCCUGAUCGUGGAGAGCCACUGCUGAGGGGGCCACGCCACGAGGAACCGCCGCUGCCGCCGCGCGGCAUGGAUAGUUUCGGCAAGCCAGGUUGCGUCGUCACAGCCACCAAUAUUCCUUACCGUGCGGGUGUCGAGGAUAUCAUAAACUUUUUUCAGGGCUUCGAAUUGACCAAAGAGAAUGUUAUGCGGCGUUUCAACGACCGGGGUCAGGUGACGGGUGACGCACGGAUUGCUUUUCCAACACCGCGAGACGCGCAGGAAGCCCUCGCAAAGUUCAACAACCGACCGAUGCAAGGCAGAGCCAUCUCCCUGGGCCUGCUGUGA